CCAGAGCCCUGGCAGAUUCAUUAAGCGGUAGAAGUUUCACUAUGGAGUGCAAACAUUUUAAACUGAGAAAGAAUGCAGGAUCUUACUUUCCUUUCACAUUUACUGACAUCAGGGGAAUGGAACAAGAAGAAGGAAAUGGUGUGCAUCCCAAAGACAUUUCCAAAAUAUUACUGGGCCACGUCCAAAAUGGAUACAUAUGUAACGCAGAAAGUCCCAUUUCUGAAGGAAACCCAAAGUAUAAUGAAAACCCCAGUUUAAAUGACAGGAUUCACUGUCUGGUGGCUGUUAUUCCAGCUAACUCGAUAUCUCUAAUGGAACAGACUGUAAUUGACCAACUGAGAAAAGUUCGUCACAAAGCAAGAGACUUGGGGAUUCCUCAAGUCAUUAUCAUGACCAAGGUGGAUGAAGUGUGUCCACUCGUUCAAAGCAACCUUGAGAAGGUCUACACAAGCAAAAAAAUAAAAAAGAAGAUGAAGGAGUGCUCUAUUAAACUGGGGGUUCCUGUGAAUUGCAUCUUCCCGGUAAAGAACUACUAUGAUGAGGGUCCCGGCAAUACAGAAAUGGAUAUUCUGAUUUUAAAGGCAUUAUUAAACAUUGUUAACUUUGCCAGUGACUAUGUACAGGACCAGACAGACAAUGAAUUUAUGAAUGAAUGAUGAAUGAAGUUGUUUUACCUUUAUUAUUUGGCAGAAAUUAAAUGGUGUGUGAUUAUGACAAAGAAAAGUCUGGGGUAUUGUUUGAUGUUUAUUGCUAAAUAAAUA